AUGGCACCUAAUCCUCCUUUGACCUCUGAAGAGGUAUUGAGAGUGACCCGUGCUUCAAUAAACAUCCUAAAUGUUCUUCGCUAUGACUUCUGCCUGUUUGGGAGUGCAGCUUGCAACUACUAUGGCAUGAACUCUCGCGUUGCGCAAGACGUUGAUAUUCUCGUGCUUGCUUGGGAUGUGGAUGAGGAGUGGCUCAAGGAAGAAUUUGUCCAACGCGACAAAAAUUUCUAUCGAGUCGACUCUGUAAAGCCGGAAGCGACGUACACUGUUCUGUGGUACGAGCUUCCGGACGAGCGAAAGUGCAAGGUUGACCUCCUCCAUCUUGGAGUGAUGGGAAUACCGGGCAUGCCGCCAGACAUCGCCUACUACGUGCGGUCGCGGGGAUAUCGCAAGAUUCCCCUCUUACCGCUCAUUCCACUACUCUUCCUAAAACUGAUUGGAUGGAGGAAACGUGCAAGGUCUAUUCUUUGGCACUGGAGAAAGAAAGUUCCGAAUGAUGAAGAAGAUAUUUUGAAUCUGUUAGAGAUCGCUAUAAGCAGGCCUGAUAUUGGACAUCUCUCCAGUGUGCCUUGGAUUACGACAGCUUUCAGGCGACGGGCUCGACUCCAGAUCAGCCGCUUCGUUCAGAAAUAUCCUGACAGUAUUGCAAAAUGGAGGGUGCUUGGAUUCAAGUUUUCGCGCAGAAAAAAAUGUUACGAGUCGAUCGUAGCUAAAUCUGGGAGCUAUGCAUCCGCUGGCAAACCACCGUCGCAUUUUCAUGCACCCAGGGAUUUGCGUGCCUCCAUGAACUUAGCUAGUUUCAUUGAUUGGAAGGAUAUGCGUUAUGUUGCCUUAUGA